GACAUUGCACCAGAGCAACUCCCUGACGCCUUUGCGGACUUUUUCAUCACCAGGGUGCAAAUGAUCAGGGAGGAGCUAGACAGCGCGACCCCUACACCUUCCUCACCGUUCUCGGAGGACGUUAGUCAGACAGAAUCAUUUGAUAGUUUUCUGCCUGUGACUGAGGAUGAGGUGAGGCGAGUCAUCAUCAGGUCUGCUCCCAAGUCUUGUGCCCUCGAUCCUAUCCCCGUCCCACUGCUUGUAGAAUGCCUUGACGUCCUCCUCCCAGCACUCACCUCCAUCAUAAAUUCUUCGAUUCUCUCUGGCAUAUUCCCUCCCAUUUUUAAACGGUCGAUUGUCCUGCCACUCCUAAAGAAACCCUCACUUGAUCCAAACACACUCAAGAAUUACCGCCCCGUCAGCAACCUCUCCUUUCUCUCAAAAAUCAUAGAAAAACUCAUACUCUCUCAGCUCUCUGGCUAUCUUCAUUCUCGCAAUCUCUAUCCUUCCUCUCAGUCCGCCUACCGACUUGGUCAUAGCACAGAAACAGCACUGGUCCGAGUCAUGAGUGACCUCCUGCGCGCGAUGGACGAUGGCAAACUCUCUAUUCUCACUCUGUUAGAUCUCUCUGCUGCAUUUGAUACCAUUGACCACCAGAUUCUUCUUGACCGCCUUCAUCUUUCUUUCGGACUUACUGGCUCAGCUUUAAACUGGUUUCAAUCAUAUCUUUCUGACAGAACUCAAAAAGUUUCUAUUUCAAACCGCUCUUCCAAACCUUCAGCCCUGUCUAUUGGAGUUCCUCAAGGAUCGGUCCUUGGGCCGGUCCUUUUCAUCCUCUACACUAAACCUCUAUCAUCUCUCAUUAGCCACCACUCAGUUUCCAGUCAAUCCUUUGCUGAUGACACUCAAAUCAGUGACUCUUGCUUUCCUGAUCAACUUGAUGCCACAAUCCUUCGCAUACAGGAGUGCGUGGACGAUGUAAAGCGUUGGAUGACUUGCAACAAACUGAAGCUAAAUGAUGAUAAAACGGAAAUCCUUCUCAUCCACUCUCAAAACAAACCUCUCCCUCCAUUCGCUCCUUCUUCUAUAUCUAUUGGCAACUCUGACAUCACACUCUCUCCCUCUGCCAGAAACCUUGGAGUCACUCUUACGGACACCCUCUCCAUGGACAAACAUGUCACGAAUAUAUGCAGAUCAGCAUAUAACGAAAUUAGAAAAAUCAGCACCAUUAGACACCUCCUCUCCUUUGAUGCCACAAAAACUCUCGUCUCUUCACUCAUUCUUUCAAAAUUUGACUACUGUAACAUUCUUCUCUCAGGCAUUCCUCAACACCACAUAGAAAAACUUCAGAAGGCACAGAACUCAGCAUGCAGACUCAUUUUUAAAUCAAAGAAACAUGACCACAUUCAACCACACAUGCGGCAACUCCACUGGCUUCCAAUAUCCUCUCGCAUCAAAUACAAGUCUGCCAAUCUUUGCUUCAACUCGUUCACUGACCCUCACUUUCCUGUCUAUCUCUCUGAACUGUUGCUUCCUUACAUCCCCACAAGACAACUACGUUCUUCCAUUGACAGUAGAACCCUCUCAAUCCCAAGAACUAAAACUAAGACCAUCGGUGAACGCUCCUUCUGCUUCCAUGGGCCCACGUUCUGGAACCAGCUCCCCUUCCAUAUACGUCAUAGUGAAACCUCGUCCAUUUUCAAAAAGUCCCUUAAAACUCAUCUGUUUAGGUCCGCCUAUGACCUGUGAUGCACCCUCCUUGCCCUACCUCAUUUUCUGUUUCGGGUUGAUCCUGAAGUGUCAAAGUGUCUCAUUUGCAUUUACUUAGUUUACAUGUUUUAAUAAUUGUAAAGCGCUUAGAGCUUUAUGAUAAGCGCUAUAUAAAAAAUUCCUAAAUAAAUAAAUAAAUAAAUAUUGGCAUUUGUAAUUGAAAUUUUCAUUGAAAUAUUUUAAUGAAAGCUUUUUAAUUUAAUUAAAUCAGUAAUCAAUUUUUUUAAAAUCCCAAUAAAAGUGUCAAGGAAAAGAGCGUCAAUACACGUCACUACCCUCUCUAUAUUGAGCCAAUGCGACUAAACAGUGGAGUAUUUAUGGAGCGCAUUCUGGAUUUAUUGUGAUAUAUUAUGCACCUCUUACCAUGGUUUACUCGCAAAACUUAGUUGCUUUGCCCCAGUUAUUAUAUAAUAUAAUUGAAAUACAGACACUGAUAGCAAUAAAUAGUAUUUAUAGAUGAAUACAUUUCUGAUUCCGUGUUCAUGAAAUGUGUAGAAAAAUCUGUCGGUGGCUCCUCUUUAUAGUAUAUUCUCUACUUUUGUACGGUAUAUCGAUUACGCUUUACUAAUCAAUGGCGUAGUUAGGUUUGGUGUCACCUCCCCCCCCUCCCCCCGACUACCAAGAUGGAUUUCGUCUUGUUCAAAUAAGCCCACAGUAUAACAAUGACAAGAAGAAAAACAGAUUAAUUGAAGGUCAGGAGGUCAAUGUUUUUCAAACUGUAACAUCGUUAAGUUAUUAUAGUUAUUUUUAACUAUAAUAAAAAAUUUAAAAUUUUUCAAUCGCUUGAUCAAAAUCAAUAUGCUUCACCGUAUCACUUUAAAUUUACAUUAGAGCCAGCUCGAUAAGCCUUAGUUUUGAAAAGCUCCGCUCACAUGAAGCCACAGACACACAGAUCGUAGGAAAGAAUUGAGAGCAUUGGAAGAAAUUCUAGGAAGUCCCUUUCAGCUAUGCUGGCAUCCGUCCGUCACAAUACAGCUUGGCACGAGUGACGUCGCAGGAGUUGUCGGAAUGUUUCAUUGUAUCAAUGUUAUCCGCCUUUCGGGACUCCAUCUCCGGGUUUGAUUUCAGAGUUUCCUUCUCUUAGAUCUCAACGGCAGGUUCCAAUUGCUCAGGGUAGUACCCGGGGUGCUGGUGGUGUUUUUGCUCUAGCUGGAAUUGAACUCCAGACCACCAACUUGAGAUUUGCUCAGUUUAGACCACUCGGCCACCCAGCACCCAGCUAUGAAUUUUAAAAUAUCAAAUAACUUUGUGAAAUUCAAUAACAGCUGCAAUUAGGUGUCUUCUAAGUCUUUGUAUUUCUUUUAAAAAGCUCAUCUUCUGAUAAAUCAAAGAAAGUGGUUAAUUUUGGAACGAACACCAAUAAUUCUGCUGAUGCUAGACUCUUGGGUUGAAAAGCAGCAAACAAAUCUGCUACUUCCUUGAUCGCUGAUGAUCUGAUCUGGAGUUCAGAAUGAAAGUGAUCCAUUCACUCCAUCAUCUCCCUAAUGUUUUCUUCUCACAUAGAGAGUCCAGCAUCUAUCAAUUUGCUCCUGCCAUUCUCCGCUUAAACUUUAAUCUUCUCUCUACCGAAAUUCCAUUUUGGUCUGAAUUUAAAAGUGUCUUUUCAAUAGUAUAUUCUACCAAGUGACAGCGCAUCUCGUGCAGAAACAAUCUUAAGACCUCUAGGUCGGUCACCACUUUGUCAAGAGUAAAGCCUUUAGUCUGUAGAUACUGCUGUGUAAGAUUAACUUCCUCAAGAAGAUCAGCUCAAAGGUAAAGGUAGCAGAUAAAAGUGAAACAAAAGACAGUAUGUAAAAGACCUUGUGCUUUGCCUCUUUGUAUGUUCAAAUGGAUCACUUAGAACUUCAAUCGCCGCCACACAUUCAUAAACAUUUAUCAAACUUACCUUUCACUGAUUUAACAGCAGCCUGAUGAGCACUCCAACAUGUUGUUGACAGACUUUUCACCGAUAGUCCAGUGUGUUCAAAUUGGAUUGUUUGCAUGUGUGGAAAAUUUACGAGUGAUUGGUUAUCCUUUUAUGAAAUUCGGUUAGAACAAGCAUUGCUUGCGUGCUCUGUAAAGGCGCAAUUUUUCAAUAUUGUGUCACCUCCCGAGAUGGUGUCACCCGGUGCAGCCCGUUACCACCGCACACCCUUGCUUCGCCACUGUUACUAAGGACAUAUUUCUAGUUGUUAACAGCCGCUUGAACUGUUUGACUGACGUCUAUUCAUGACUCUUCUACUGUUUGACUGAUGCUUAUUAAUAUUGAAAUGUAUAUUUUUGUUUCCGACAGAAGUACACCAACACUCCCCCCAGUCUUGCAACAUUAGAGACAUUACCCUGCUGUUUAGGAACAGUAAAAGUCAUCAUGGUCUUCUUAUUUCAUUGGACGAUGCUUGUCACGAGUGUUACCUGGAACGGUAUGUAGUUUACCCAACAUUUUUAUUAAUAUUAUUUAAGUUUUAUAUAAUCAUAGCAAUUAUCUUACAAUACAAAUGUUAAAAUACAUAUUUAAAAAAAACAAAACACAUUUAAUGUUUAUGCUUUUGUUAUUAACAUUUUGGCCAUGGGUGGGUCAAGGGAUCUAAACUUUAGAUAUGAUUCAAUGGAAGCGCAAUGGCGUAUAUAGCUAUUGUGGUGUAGAGGAGCCACCCCGAGCUUGAUUUUAAAAGAAACGUAAAAGGAGAGAAAGCACGAUAGAAAAAAGGAAGGUGUAUCAUAAUAUCCUUUUACUUCUCAAGUCAUAUUUGGCAAAAGUUGUAUCAACAAAAGCUUUAAAAGCCAAUGCAGUGGUCAUCAUGGAUCCAUUAAACUUUUAUUCAAAUGAUCCAAAUAUUAAAACAUUCAAUAUUUGUAAAAACUUAUCCAAAUAUAAAUUGAAGUCAUGUGUCACUUUAUUACAGCCGUAGUUCUAUCUCAAAAGAUAGAACUUCACAGCUUAAGCUUUGACAACAGCGAAACUUUGUGUAACAAUGGAUUGUUAGCAUCAAUAGACGCAUUCUCAUUCAACUGCACAAUUGAUCUUGAAGGAUCAGGACAGAAUUCAACGUUCCUUUACAUUGAAACAACGAAAGAACACAGCAACGAAUCUCAACGUGUAAGUGUAACAAAUGACAAAGAAAGUUAGCAGAUAAGGGAGAUCAUUUCUAAUUUAACCUGGACAUAUUUAAAAUGCAUAUUAAGUUAUCGUUCAAUUAUUGCCAUUAAAAAUGCAACAAAUCUCAAUAUCUUAGCCCAAAACAAAAAUAUUAGCAAAAAAUGGAAACGGGUUGGGGGGAGGGGGGGGGGGUGAAAACACAGUUGUAAAAAUGACAGACAUAUUUAUGAAAGUUUUUCUUUGGGCUGUAACUGACCACGCGAAGCUAAACACUUGAAUUUAAAAAAAAAUUAUUGUAGAUUCGAUUGUACGGCGAAAAAAAUGAAGAGGAAAACAUCAUUUAAUAUUUUCUUCCAAUGUUUCCAAGUACCGGUACUUUUAAAAUGUUCCUUUCUUAUAUAGUAAGAUAUUUUGCAUAGCUUGCUAAAUAAAAGUAUAAGGAUAACAGUAAAAUAUUGGUUUUAAAAGUACUGCUUAUGAGUGCAGAAAUAAAAAGUGCUUUUUAUAAUGAAACUAAAGGAAAGAGAAAUUCAUUAUGGGUGCACUCACCACGAUAUAUCUCCAGAAAUUUAAGUGGGCAAUCAAUACAUUGCUUUUAAUAGGUUAUCUAUUUCUUCAAUUAUUUAAUGUGAGUGCCGAUUUCCAUCAUCCCAAGAAGAAGUCAAUUGAUGACUAAAACAGUUUCAGCUCCAGUAUUUAUCUUAUUAGUUCACGUUCUCUGCCCCUAAAAAAAAAAAAGAGUCGAUACGAUUAGUUAUAUGACCAUGGAAUAAAUCGUUCAAAAUAUUUGUGAAAAUCUCGAUUUUUUUUUCUGACGUAAUCUAAGCUAAUUUGAGAUUUAUUACUAAUUGAGAUACUUUAAAAUAUAUUUUAUUACAAUUUUAUUUUAAGCAAAAAGCGUUGCACUGAAUGACCUCCUCUCUCUCCAAUCACGUCAGAUACCAAGUUUAAUUAACAUCAGGCAUUUUUGGACAGACGAUACAAAUCUGAAAUUUCAUAUGAAAGGCACACAUUGUUACCACCAUAACAUUUGUAAAAAUAUUUAUGUAUGCUCUGAAUCUCAGAAUUUUGACAACGGAAUGAGUUAGAUAACAAAAAUGCAAUGUGCUCAUCAAUAAGCAAAAAAAAAAAAAAAAUGCCAAUUGAACCAUUAUAUAGAACUAGAAAAAAGAUGUUUUAAAAUAGUAAACGAGAAAUCGCAACCAUUUUUUCUCAUUUGAAAUUAUGUAUUUCACUUUUUCAACCAUUAAAGUAAUUGCAAAAUAAUAUUUUGAAUUUUAAGCUGCUAUUGAAUAUAAAUGGCAAGAGCUAAGUGUACAUUACAAAAUUAAAAAGUAUGCUUGUAUUUUUCUUUCAGUUAUUAAGUCUUCACCUCCCUUUUGACUGUACGGCCUCCAGUGAAAGCACAAAAUCCUACUGUACUCAAACAGCACAGAACACAUAUAACAUUAUGAUGAAAUUAAAAGCACUUGCAAUGUUCAGUAAUGCAAAGAUAAGAGGUUACUUAGGAGCUUCAAAUGGGGAUACACUAUACAGCAAUGUUAUAGAAAUGACUGCAGUUUAUGGUGAGAAUUUAAAUUAUACCCUACCUAAAAUAUUAAUAUGUGACAUUGUUUAAAGUUAUUCUUAAAACAAAGAGCUUUGUCGAUAUAUAAACAUGUAUGACAUUCAUGCCAUGUGUUUUCAAGGUUACACCACUCUGGAUCUUGGAAAAGAAAACUGAUUCAGGCUCAUGGGAUUCGACACAACAUGUCAUGUUCUCAUUCACUUGUUGAGAAUGUUAAACCUUUUUCCCGCUCCCUCCUUGCACGACCAAUCAAAUUGGACUCGCUAUUCCUCUCUUCCGUCCCCAUUUUGCUUGCAUUAAAUCUCUCACUUACUUAAGUUCUAUCACAUUCCACUUGCUGUCCUUUCCGAUGCUGCAUUGCAGCUAAAUGUCUAUUUUUAUAUUUUACAUUGUUUUUACUGUUGUGUGAUCGCCGAAGAAGACUUCUUGUCGACACGUUCAUUGUUUUGUUGCCAGGUUUACCCAUAAUUUACUUCCUUCCAACCUGACUGCACUCUCCCCCUUUAUUACCAUGUGUUAUGCUAGCAUCAGAGCUGAAUAGCUAAAGAUGCGGUUUGUCAAAUCUGUUUUUUUUUUUUAAUUUAAAGAAUAACAAUGGUUGCAAUGAAUGAGUAGUUGGUUCGAAUUUUUAGAUCAUCUUUAUUAUUGUAUCAUCGUAAUAAAUUUAUAAAAAUCCUUUUAGCCCACGGCCCUGUAGGGGCUACAACACGGGUGUAUUACCAUCAUUAUCUAUGGACAAUGAUUAGACAGCUAUGUGUCCUUAUUUUGACUGUACCCAGUUCCUCAAACACCUUAAUUCGACUAAGUAUCAUAUCAAGGAAAAAUUAGAUGCAAUCAUAUUAUAAUGUUCAAAGACAUAAUCUCAGUCAUGCAUUUACCAUAAGAUCAAACGAAACCAUGUCUUUUGGGUAACAGAUCCCGAAGAGGCAGCAUAAAAUCAAAGCAUUGAAAUUAUAAUUAAAAUGUGAUAGAGAUUUAUUGAACCCAGUCUAAUUAUAAAAUAUACUUACAAUUAUGUGCAUAAAAUCACAAAGGCGGCAUUUUAAGUUAAUUUUAUAAAAUGGCUUCUUGCCCUGAAACCUGAUUCUGCGUGUUCAGGACUUGUUUUAAAGUAGUUUUAUAUUAUUCUAGCUGUCACAUAGGUCAGCAUUGAGCUUGUUAUUUUAAGUCAUCCCUUGUCAUCAAAAGAAAAUAUCCUUCAAAAUUUCGCCCUAUGAUGACUACCUCCUAGUUGUGGGCUUGUUGCUUUUUUUUACGUCUCUCCGCUCCCCCUCCCCCCUAAUAUUUUAUCUAACAUUGUCAGAAUAAAUUACUAAAUAUACUUUAUAGAAUUUAGCUAGCGUUCCAAUAUCUCAUAAUAAUGAGUAGUAAUCUCUAGUAAAAUUAAUUUAUGUUUUGCGUCCUUUGUGCCAAAAACGCAGCCCACCCCAAUAUAAAGAAAAAAGUGCCACGGGAUGGACCGACCCCCCGCCCCCCUUUCCCUGACUUCCACCACCAUUGCUUGUACCCAACCUGAUUGCAGUCUUUCCCCGUUAUUAUCAUUAUGUUUGUUCAUAAUUUGUUUAGGUUUUUAAAGUAGGGGCUGUAAACAAUAUUUUGAGAAUCUAAUCAAAGGAGCGUCUAACAUAAUCUACUCUUAUGGAUGAAAUAGCAUAGGUUUCUUUUUUAAAUUUAUUGAAUAACAUAUUAUGUUACUAAAAUAUCCAUUAAAAUGAUUUGAGCUUAUGUCUUACAGAUCAAACUGAUGUCAUUGGAAAGAUAAAGGUUAAUAAAAAGAACAUGUCAAAUGAAGACCUCUUUAAUACAACGAUUGAUGUCAAAGAGUUAACGCUGGAAUUUGACUGUGUUAGUCGAGCCAUACCGUGUGCCAUACUGAUGCAAAUAAAUAGCUCCACUGUAAUAAACAAACGUGAAAACCAUGUUGUCUAUAGAGGGACGUUUAACGGUGGCGAUAAAAUAAAUGUAACAAUUAAGUAUGCUGCUUGUAGUCUAAACGGAAGAUAUAAUAGCUUGAACUUCAUUAUAAAAUCAGGUAAUUUUAUUUAUAAAGGGAUUUUAAAAUGUAUUAAUAAAUUAUAUUUCAUGUUAAAAUACACUGUAAUGUUCUUAUUGCAGCUUUAUGUUCUCAGUGCUAUUUAACCAUUAAUGUCAGAGGUUGUAGUACUCCCUCUUUGGGACCAAGCAAUUUGGACGCAGUCGUUGCAAAACUUGCUCUUUUGUAAUACAGACUCAAUACAUUACCUCCCCUAAGGCAAAAACCAACCAAUUCAGACUUAGGGGACCUUGACACCAUAUGGCAUGUAAGUCAUGUUCUCAUUCACUUGUUAAACCUUUCCUCCGGCCCCUCCUUGUUACGACCAAUUGCAGUGGACUUACUUUUCCUCUCUUCCGUCCCAUUUUGCUGGUGUUUAAUCUCUCACAUACUUAUGCUCUAUGACAUGUCUCUUGCUCUCCUCUUAGUUACAAAAUUGCAGUUCAGUAUUUAUUUUUUUAAUUUAUAUUUUUUCUGCUGUUGUUUGUUCGCUUAAAAGAAGGCUUCUUGCCGGCAGGCUCAUUGUUUCAUUGCAUCCUUUUUUCAAGGUUUUCCAAUAAUUUGUUUCUCCUAAUUCAUUUCACCUAACCUGAUUGUAGUCUCUCUCCCUUAUUACCAUUUAGACUUCUAGCUUUGUGACAAUUUAUAUCGAAAUAUGGAUGGCAGUUAGCUAAAAAUAGACAACCGAUCAUAUUAAUCCUCGGUUCAUUCACCACCGGAUAUUCUAUACUAUCUUAUAUAGACGGAAGUGUAACUAUGUAUUUAAUUCUGGUGAUUAUUGAAAAAUAAAUCUGUACUUUUAAAAUAUAGUCACAUUUAUUACCCGAGUAACACAGGGUAAUUUCCACUCUUUCCAAUUAUUCACAUCUCUGGCUAGGCUAUUUUUAAAACUAACUUUUUUAAAAUUAAAUCUUAUCAAAAUUUUUCUUUGCAGAGUUUAUUAUUUCUAGUACAAAUGGGGAAAACAUUGCCAUAAUUGUUGCAAGCAUUGGUUCAGUAAUAUUAAUUAUAUUACUUUUGAUUGGAACAUUGGUGAAGAGGUAAAACAAAUUGUUUCUGUUCGUCGUAAAAAUGUAAAAUAAAAUGUUUUUACUAGUUAUAUACAUAUUUUGUUAUAAUAGUUUUAAAUUGCUAAGUUCUUCAAUUAAUAAUGUUUACCGCAUAAUAACUUCUAAAUUUGAUACUAAAACAUUAAAUCCAUAUAACUGUAGAUUUUAAUUCCUUAUGGUAAAAAAAUGGAGUUAUGAUUCCCCCCACCCCCACCCCGGUCAGUGGUUUUAAGCAAGCUUUCAAAUCAAGCAAACUUCACAUAUAUGACAAUUGUUUUUCUUUGUGUUGUUUACUGUUGUGGAAAUCAUGCGAAUAUCUCCUGCAAAAUAGAGUGGUAGUUAAAAAUGGCACCCAUACUUAUUCUCAAUAGUUACAUAGGUUACAUAAAGGGUCGUUCGCAAAUUACGUCACGCUCAGGGGGAGGUCGAAAAUUUGUGACACUUUUUUGUGACAGGGGUGGGGGUAAACAAUGUGUUACGUAAAAAUUUUUAAAAUCUAAAAUUUUCUAAUUUUCAAACAUCUUUCUUCAAUUAAUUUGAGGUCGAAAUUGACCCAGGUAUGAUAAGUACCAUAAAACUCAGUCGCUCACACGUUCUGGACAUAUCGAAAAAUGACGCAGAAGCUUUUGCGUCCAGUUAACAUUCGGCUUUGGGAGGAUUUCGUUUUUUGCGUUUUACAUCACAGCUUUCUAAUUAUACUAAAUCUUAAUCCAUUAUGGGAAAAUGUUGAAGAAUAAAUUGAAAUCUUUGUUUAGUUAUGGAAAUUUUAUGUAUGUUUUGAACAUAAGUCUCUCCCCCCCUCCCCCCCCCACACACACACACAAUUUUAAUGGAUCUUAUACUNGGGGGGGGGGAAGGGAGGAGUAAAGCGUUUGUGACACUUUAUGACAGGGGGAGGGGCUCUGAAAAAAUAAUUUUUGCGUGACGUAAUUUGCGAACGAGCCAUAAGGCACUCAUAAAAUGAAUUAAUAAAUCCAUAAAUGAACUUUAAAUUAAUAUCGAGAGAUGGAAUUGGUGGUUAUAAACGCUUACAGCCAGCCUUUUUUUUACACGAUCGAACUUUUAUGGCCAUCCUACCCUGAUGGAAAGUUCAGUCAUUAUAUCUUGUUGAUUAUAUCCUGAGAAAAUUAUAAAAGCAGCUGUCACUCGAAUUAAAGGUAUGACUAGACAGGAUUCUUUUACAGCAACCCAUUCUGAAAAUAGGGAGAGGUCUAAAUUUAUUUUAACUUUUCAUCCCCAUAACCUUCAAGUUCGUUUUCUGGUUCACAAAAACCGGUCCAUUUUCAUAGCAGACCCUGUCACCAAUGAGAUUUAAAAAAAAAAAACGGGUCGCUUUUCCGAGGGACAAGAACCUUAAGGAGAUGUUUGUUACAAGCCACUCCUUGCUAUUUAAGUACAUUGGGGCACCAAAGUUGCAACCGUAGCGGUUUUAACACAUGUCCCUACGUGAUUGAAGUUGAUAAGAUCCCUUUCCCUCUGGAAAUAUUCAGAAUCAAAGAUGGCUUUACCUGCACAAGUCGCAACUUGAUUUACGCCAUCCUUUGUAAAAAGUGCGGUAAGUUAUAUGUAGGAGAGACAGGUCGUCCCCUUGGAGACCAGUUUAGAAAAACUCCUAUAACAUAAAUUUAAAUAUACAGGCUCUCUGUCCGGUCUCCAAACAUUUCAACAGCACUAACCAUGAUGGAAUUUUAGACAUCUGGUAUACUGUAUACAAAUAAUACACAGGAUAGAAUUUAUAUGGAUGAAAAAAUUAAUAACAAGAUUGGAUACGUUGACUCCAAACGGUAUAAACCAAAUCUACAAUUUUACGUAGCGGCUAUGUCUUUUUCCUGUGUGAUUUUUAAAUUUUACUUCCACUCCCUUCCUCUCCAUUCUGCUUAAAUUUGUUUUUGUCUGGGUUUGCGCCCAAUCUUACGAAUUAAACAAAAAUCCCUGAUGUAGGCCUAUACAUUCCUAAUAACUACAUUAACUUAAGAGCCAUACAUAAUGGGACCUGUAACGCAGCCAAAAGGGAUGCAGAGGUAAGGGCUGCCCACUGAAAUCAUUUGUUUACAUAAAAAGGGGCUUUUCAAUGAUAUAAUUUUUUUCCCGUUUUUCGAAAAUCUGUUUUUGUUUGUAUAAUAUCAGAAAAAAAAGUAAACACUACUUAAGAUGACUUUAAGCAAGAGUAACGAAAUCUCAAAUGUGUUUCCAUUCUUCGUCUUGUCCCAUCUUUUAUUGUAGUACAAAUCAAUAUAGAAUAUCUUAGAUAAUACAGAAAGGUGAUAUGUGGGAGGAUUUCUAUUGCGUCAAAAAAGCCACUUGGUUACCUAUUCAAAUGUGUUACAGUAACAACAGCUGCCUGUUAAGUAUCAAUAACGCCGAGGUCCAACAAUUUUUAAUCAAAAUUAUUUUAGUUUUAAUAUUUAAAAAAAAUAAAACUAAUCAACAGGGUUUCUAUUGAAUACCAACUAAAAACACACAUUGUGUCUAAUCACAUUCAGGUCAUUGAGUGAACCUUAAUUUUCACUAGCAUAUCUUCUAUUGCUCUCAGAUUAAGAGUAUAAUAAUUAAAAACUAAAUUAAAAUAUGCGCCAAAACACAUACCUGAAAUUUAAAUUUAUCAAAUUUGUCUGCUGAAAAACACAAACUGCGCCAAACCCUCCCCAAUUUUACCCUCUUCUCCGUCAAUAUCUCUCUGAUAUUUCUAUACCGUGGAACCAUUGACUCACGACACACAUACAUCACGAAUCUUGUCAACGCCACCUAUACAGGCGCGCGUUAAUGGUGUAUACACGUGCUGUGACGAACAUGUGCAGAACGAACCCUAUUUCGUACACCGACUGAGCAUACCUUUUAUUUCUAUAUCGUGGCCCAGUAGUCGACUUGUGACUGUCGUGAUGGUACGUUGUGUGAUUUCUUUCUUAAUAUUUUAAUCCAUUCACACUAACUAUGUAGAGCAAAAAAAGAAAGUGGUCCGACGAAUAUUUACAAUAUGGAUUCACAUGUAUAACGGAAGGUGAUGAGAGUCAGCGUCCUAACUGCAUGAUUUGCAAUGCCAAUUUGAGCAAUUCUAGUCUAGCACCGGCAAAACUAAGAGAUCACUUCAUUAAGCUGCAUGGAGAUGGAAAAUACAAGAACAAAACGCUCGCUGAAUUCAAAGUGAAGCGACCCAGAUACGAUGAAAAGGCUACUCUGUCUGUUCUCAGCUUUGUACCCAUCAACAAACCGGUCCUCACAGAAUCGUACGAAGUUGCUUACCUGAUCGCAAAGCAGGGCAAACCACACACCAUUGGUGAAACACUCAUAAAACCAGCCGUGUUGAAGAUGGCGAAUAUCAUGAUGGGAAAAGCAGCUGAAGUUUAGUUAUCCUAAAGUCCUCUUUCAAAUGACAUCAUCAGCGACAGAAUAGAGGACAUGAGCAAAGACAUCUUGGCUCAAGUAGUUGCAGAUCUGAUUUCAAGCACGGCAAAAUUGAGCCUUCAACUCGACGAGACCACAGACGUUUCCAAUCUAAGCCAGCUUGCCGUAUUCGUGCACUAUGUGAAAGACGACGCGAAAAAGGAAGAUUUUUUAUUUUCUAAGCCUCUUUCAACAACUAAGGCAGUCGAUGUGAAGAAACUUGUGGAUGACUUCUUCAAAGACAAUAAUCUUUUGUGGGAUAUGGAUUCUGCAGUUUGUUCGGACGGAGCUGGGAAGAAAGUUUGGUUUUGGUGGGCUAGUGAAAGCUGAUGCACCACACAUCAUUGUUACGCAUUGUAUUCUGCACAGGCAUGCGUUGGCAACAAAAACCUUGCCUCCAAAACUGGCAGAAGUAUUACAAAUUGUAGUGGAAUGCGUGAACUAUGUACGAAAUAGUGCUCUGAGGCACCGCAUCUUCAGUGAGCUGUGUAAAGAAAUGGGCUUUGAUUUCAAGGUACUUCUGUACCAUUCUAACAUUCGGAUUCUAUCCCGGGUUAGGUGCUAAAUCGUGUUUUUGCCGUUCGUGUGGAAUUAGCCCCGUUUUUUCAAGAGCACCAACAUUGUCAUGCAGAUUGCUUCAAAAAUUCUGAGUUCAUUCUCAUUUUAGCGUACAUGACUAAGAUCUUCGCAGCUCUCAAUCAUCUCAAUCAACAGAUGCAGAGCGGUGGAGUCAACAUCAUCGAAGCGGAAGAAAACCUGAAGGCUUUCUAAAAAAAAAAAACUACCGUUAUGGAAACGACGAACAGAGAACGAUAACUUUGCAAACUUUCCCCUUCUAGACGACUGUGUAAGUACGAUUGAAGAUGUAUCUUGAAUUUGAGACAUUUCUGUUCCCGUGGAACUGAAUCAAGCAAUUGCCACGUACUUAGAUGAGCUUGCAAAGUCUCUCGACGGAGACUUCCCUACAAGAGAAUCAUAUCCAGCAUGGGUAAGACAGCCGUUCUUGUUUAGUGUUGAGACAACAGAUGUCAAUGAUGAAUACCUCGAUGAAAUCAUUGAAAUUCAGCAGAGCCAGGUUCAACAUCAACUCUUCAGAACAGCAACGCUCUCAACGUUUUGGUGUCAACAAAUGGUCACGUACCUUGCUAUUGUUAUUGCUAAGAAAGCUCUUUAGAUUUUCAUACCGUUUGUUACAACAUUUCUUUGCGAGCAAUUCUUUUGGAGGAUGCUGGACAUAAAAACGAAGAAAAGGAACAGACUUUGUUGCCAAAAUGACAUGAGAGUGGCACUUGCCAAGGAGAAGCCGCGCAUUUCUGAAAGUGUCUCUGAAAGGCAACAGCAAAAGUCACACUGAUUUGUAGUAAAUAUUCAUUAUUAUGUUGUUGUUUUUUGGGGUUGAAAAUCAUGUUUUAAUGGUUUUGUUUUUUGAACAUAGUGAUGUUGAUGCACGGUUCAUCUUGUGCACUAGUAAAAUAUAUACCUAUGUUUUGAAUUUGAAAAAUAUCAUAUUUUAUUUUUCCUGUUAAGAAGGGUUCAGUGAAUGCACAUAUGAAACUGGUGGGGUUCAGUAUCUCCAAAAAGGUUAAGAACCACAGGUCUAAUUAUUUCAUAUAAAUAAAUUUUCCAGCCUUCAAUUGUUGUAAAAGGGAAUACAUCGAAGAGUAGACCAACAGUAUAAUAGUCUUCAUUUAUAUUAUUUUCUUUUGAGCCGUGAAUUUAGUAUCUUAAUUUUUGUUUGGGAUCAAAAUGACGCACUUAGACUUUGGCGCUCUAGGUAGUUGCCUGUAUUGCCUGUACCAAAUGCCAACCCUGCCUUCUGCACAGACAUUCUUUGUGUAACGAAAUGUUACAUUUUAAAUUAUUCUAUACUUUUUAGUGUGUUUAAACUCGUCUUUGAAAGAAGUGUUUUUUUUAAAUGAAAAAAAACAGUUUUAAAAAUAUCAUUAUUAGAACUUUGGCCCCCCCACCCCUAUUUUUUUCCAAGCGCCAAAACCUGGAAACGCUACUGAGUUAGAUUGCAAGAUACCAUUAAAAUAAAGAUACACACUUUCUAUGGCUCUGCAUUUACUAUGUGAUACAGGCCAAUGAAAUAGAAUUAGAUCAUAUUUAAAACGUGUUAUUUUAUAAUAAUUAUUUUUCCAAAUUCUCAUUACUUUUAGAUUUAACCUGCUCAGCUGUCAAAAGUGUAACCCAAAAACAGGUAUUUACACUUUUAAAUGUGCAUUUCAUUUAAUUUUUAACUUCUGAUUCAGAAUAAUGUUCUUUCCUGUAUUUUCACGCUAUUCUCGUUCAUUCAGUCCUCUAGGCUCAAGUUUCUAUAAAGCCACUGAUUCCGAAUACAUUUAAUGCUAUUGUUUUGCAUAAAAUCGCUUUAUUUUCCUCGGUUUCCUUUUCUCCAUAGCCUCCUGACCAUGUCAGUGUUCGGCUCUCCCUGCCGCAAAAGUUUAUUUGUUACCCUUAGAUAUUUGCUAUUCCCUACUGCGUUAAUGUUAUCUAUGUGGCGCAAUACGUCCUCGCAUUUGGUUGGGUUUUGUACUAAAACAUUUUUAACUGUUUCCCCAUUCAUGUUAACCAAUAAUUUAUUACGACACAAUAUAUCCUUUAGCCCUUCAAACGUUUGUUUCUGUUUUCGAACUAUCCAUUUGUAUAAGCGCCUUACCAAGUUGGAAUGAAACUCCCUGAAGUUGUCAUUCUGAGGUGUUAACUCGUUCCAUUUCCCCUGUACUUUUCCUCAUUGUAUCCUCCAUGUUUCAGCAGUAACAGUUUUACUGUCUCGUAAUUGUCCAACCUUUUCCUUAUGUCCUCAGUCAUUAGAAAUGACUGCAGUUCCCCUGUCAACAUCACCUGUAAUUCCGUGAUCCAUUCCUGUUUUGUUACACCGUUUUGCCUUUCAAUGUGUUCAAAGUUUACAAUUUAGUCGUCCAGUUGCAUGUCCCUGGCGUAUUUAGGGAGGCAUUUCAGCCCCCAAUAAACUCAUAAACUCGGUUAGUGUUUGUUGUAUUAGUAGCUGUUGCUAAUAGAUAUACUGUCUCGUGGGAUGAAAUGAAAAACUUAGCCCAAACAAGUAGACACUCAUCGCCAUGAGUGGAUGAACACGACACAUCAGGUUCAACAGCUUGUCAUUGGGAGCUCGUCCGAACUAAUCAAACGCUGUGAAGUACAAUUCCCGUCCGAAGCUGUGAAAUAUCAUCUCCGCCCAAAGCUGUGUGUCGCCCGUCCGACACUGUGAAGUAUGAACCUGUACAACGCUGUGAAGUAUCAAUACGUCUGCUAUGUGAAAUAUCUUUGUCCAUCUGUUCGAGGCUGUGUGUCACCAGUCCGAAGCUGUGUGGAGUGCUCGUCGGAGGCUGUGUGUCUCCUGUCCAACAGAAACUCGUCUGAAGCUGUGAAGUAUCAUUCCCGUCCGAAAUUGUGAAGCAUCGACCCGCCCGCUGUAUGAAGUAUCGUGGCCCAUCUGUCCGAGGCUGUGUGUCGCUCGUACGAAGCUGUCUGAAGUGCUCGUCGGAGGCUGGGUGUCUCCUGUCCCAGCUGAAUCGCCUGUCCGAUGCUAUUAACCACUGAUUGGUGUAUUUCACUGAGCUUUACACCGCCAAUUGAUGUAAACCAAUGCUGACAUACCCUUUUAAGGCAGUACACGUUUGUUGCCUUGAUCCUCUGCUGCUGUGUCCCGCUGUCCGUGGCACGAUCGAAUUAACUACGAGCAGAUCAUUACUGUGCCGACCCCAGAACAUCACCGCCCCUACAAUGGGAUCGUGUCUGCAUCUACGGCCUGAUCCCCACAGGGCCUGCUGCCGGGUCAACAAUGUGACCCCAAAUCGGACACUCCUCCAGCACACAUUAUUGCUUAAAAACUGUUACAUUCUUGUUAUUUUGUGUUGCGAGGUCAAGCCAAGCCAAGUCAAGUUAAGUUAAGUAAAAUAUUUAGAUACACAAUUGUUAUUAUUGUUAUAAUGUAUUAGUAUAUUAAUAAUCUAAUAUAAAGUGAAACGCUGUGCAUUUUUAGAACUUAUAUUUUAUAGGGGUAAAGAAUUAUAAUUGGAAACCAGAAGCAAAGCGAAGAGAACCACAUCGGAAAUAAUAGCCGAAUUUCUGGAGGUGGGAGAAAAGGACCUAAGAUUUAUGGGACAGGAGUUAGAACAAUAUGGAAGCGAACAAUUACACAACGUAAUAGUGACGAAACAAGACACCCCCCCCCCCCAAAAAAAAAAAAAAAAAAAAAAAAAAAAAAAAAAAAAAAAAACAAAAAAAAAAAAGCCUCCCCAGUGACAUGGAACUGGACGACUAAAUUGUAAACGUUGAACAUAUUGCCAGACAAAACCGGGUACCAAAAGAAGAAAAAAUCAGGAGUCAAGAGUUUAUGACAGUUACAUAUUUUGGUCCUUAUUUAGUUGAGUCCAAAAUUAAUGAUUUAAACUACAUUGUGUUAACACCAAAUCGUAAAAGAAAGAAACAGUUACCGGAUACGUCACAUUAAUAUGUUGGAAGAUUAUGUAGAAAGAAAUUGUGAUGAACAUUGUCCAUCCUCAGAAACUAAUGUUAACACAAUCUCAACUGUAGCUUCAGUUUGUAAGAAAAUAGUACUGAUACCUUUGAUAGUGUCCCAGAAAAAAUUGGUAAUUACAAUCUUAAAAAUUCAGAAAUAAUGGCCACCUUGGAUAAGAAACUAGGACAUUUGUCAUUGUCAGAGAAGGAUGUUGUUAACUCUGUUAUUGCAGAUUUUGUUUUACUCUUCCCUCAUGUGCCUGAUAAAACCAACAUUGCUGUACAUGAUGUUGACAUUGGCAAUGCAGUUCCGGUCAUGCAAAACCCCUUUAGGGUCAAUCCGGAAUACUUGAAAUAAUCUGGUCUGAAAUAAAAUACAUGCUUAAAAAUGAUAUCAUUGAACCAAGCUCUAGUAACUUGAGUUCACCAUGUAUUUUAGUCCCAAAGCCUGACAAAAGUUACAGGUUUUGUACUGACUUCAGGAAAGUGAAUGCAUUUACAAAGUCUGAUUCCUUUCUGAUUCCAUGGAUAGACGAUCUUAAUCAAUUAAUUCGAAUAGGUGAUGCCAAAUGUGUAACCAAGAUAGACCUACUAUCAGGUUAUUGGCAGGUUCCUCUAUCUGACAGAGCAAAAGAAAUCUCUGCUUUUUGUACUCCAGAUGGUUUAUACCAAUAUAAAGUAAUGCCUUUUGGAAUGGAAAAUGCCCCAGCUACAUUCCAACGUCUAAUCAAUAACAUUAUUGCUGACCAGGAAAAUUGCAGCGCCUAUAUUGAUGAUGUAAUUAUUUACAGUCAAGAUUUUUCAACUCAUGUAAACCAAUUAAGAUCUCUGUUUAAAAAAAAUGCAGGCAAAUGUAACUGUAAAUUUGAAUAAGUGUGAAUUUUGUCAUGCAACUGUGGAAUAUUUAGGUCGCAUAGUGGGUCAAGGUCAUGCUAAGCCUGUUCAAGAUAAAUGCUAUUGUAUCACUUCCACCAUCCACCACUAAAAACAGUUAAUGAGAUUAUUGGGAAUGGCCGGUUACUAUAGAAAAUUUUGCAAAAAAAUUCUCAAAUAUACCUUGCUCUGUGGUAAAAGAUGUUAGUGAUCUAUUUUCUUUGUUUAUCCCUAUCUGCCAGAAACCUCUGUUUAAAUCUAAGUGUGUAAAUAAUUUUAAAUAUACCAUUUCCUCUAAAAUUUCUCUGGUAUCCCUCAUAGGUUUAGCAUCUACUUUGGUGAUUUUGUUUAGUUACCUGUAGUCACAACAUAUUAUUCUUAUCUGUCUGACUUCUUUUUAAUAAUCAGAAUGGGUGAAGCAAUUGAGGAUUGUGAUCUCUGAAUUUUUAUAAGAUGUUCUAGUUCCUUUUUCAUUGCUCCUCCGUAUGCAUAAGGUAAUGAAUAUUUUUUUCUGCUUUAAUUUGGUUUCAGUAGUGUUAAGUUCUACAUUGUGUUCUGGUGUUGAUGUAUGAACUAGAUCAAAAGUAAUGACAUCUUUGAAUUCAGAGGUCAGUUCAGCAAGUAGUUUCUGGUAUUUCGUAGGUGCUGUCUUCUUGUUGUAGGUGCAUGGCACUGCGAAAAUUUCAUUCUCUAGAAUUUCAGGAAUUGUGUUGAUCCUAUCUACUUCAUCAUUUUUGUUGAAAAGGUCUAUGCGCAAAUUUUCAGUUCUCUAUUCAUAUCUAUCACAUAGUCAACUUUGUUUAGCUUCUUAUUUACUAUAUAUGGUCCCUGCCAAAUCUUCUCCCCUCUUCUAUUUGGUAGCCAAACAUAAACAUUGUCUUUUUCCUUUAAAUUUCUCAAGUAUCUAUGUGUUUUUUUUUAUGUUUCUUUGACUUCUAGCUUCUCUCUCUGUAUUUUCUUUAGCCUAUUGUAGUCCAUAAACUAUUUUUUCUCUAAUGUUGGUAAUGAUGUCAAAAGAGUCUUGAGAUGUUUGUUCUAUUCCUAAUAAAGUCUCCUUAAAGAUCGAUAGUGGGCUUCUUUCGUUAUUUGUUAAACAUGCUUUAAAUAUUUUUGAAUGCCAGGCCAAAAAUGUCAAGCGAAAUUCUGUUCAUUGUUUUUUUUUUAAAAUUCCCAUAUGACCUGCUAAUUGGAUGCCAAGUACCGUUUGAAUUAUCAGAUUUCUCAAACUAUCUGGGAUGCCUAUUUGACUAGUACUAAUCUGUUCUUUAUUAAAUUUCCUGAUAAGUAUUUGUUCUGUAUAAUAUAUUAGUGACCUAUGAAUGGCUUUUACUUUGUACCGCGCUUCGAGACUUUGGGGAUGAAGCGUGUUUUUAAAAUAAACUUGAUUAUUAUUAUUAUUGUGAAUCUGUACAUGAUCCUCUUGUAAUUUGAUUAAUUCUUCCAGUGUAAGUGGUUUAGAUAUACCUAAUAUUUCUUUUGGUAUAGUUUUAUUAUUUUGUUCUUUUUUUUUCUUCUUGUCUACUUGUGACAGCGUUGAUAGUUUAAAUGUAAAGUCCUUUUUGCUCUAUCCAUUCUAAAAAUAAUGCUUGAGAGUUACUUGGGAUUCCUGGAUAAUUUCCAAUGGUUAAAGGACAAUUAGGGUUACCUAUUAAUGUAGAUUUUACUGUUGCUGUCAACCAGGGAAAUACAUGUUUAGCAAGUGCCUUCUUGCAUUUAAUUUCAAUGUUGUUUGCUAAUGUUACCUUGGUUGUUUCCUUGAAGUAAUCAGAUACAUUCAUAUAAUUUUGGCAACCACAAUUGUUGCCUGUGUCUCUCACACAUUGGAAUAAGUUUUUGUUAAUGUAUGACGGAAAUAAUUCAAAUUUUCCCUUAUUAUGGCAUGCUGCUUCCAGGGUCUCUGCAGAUCUAUUGUGUUUUUUUUAUAGAGUAGUUGUUUUGCCGUCUUGAUUGAUAUCUGUUAUAAUUUCUAUGUCUUUGUCUAAUCCUAAAUUGUGUGUUGUAUUGCUUCCUGUGAUUGUUUCUGUUGGGGCUACUGUAAUUUCUUAUCUUUCGGUAAAAUCACGAAAUGUGGAUCUAUACAUGUGCUGCUGUUCUCCAUAUCUGUUUCCUUAAUUUCAUGCUUGUAAUCUGUUUCUUGAUUCAAUUUCUAAUUUCCUUAAUUCUAAUUCUCUUUUCUCCUUUUGGGCCCUUCUUUCUUGUUCCUCUUUUUGUGCAUUUGAUGCAGCUAGCCUCUCUUCUCUUUCCUUUUCUCUUUGCUUAUCUAGCUCUCUUGUUACAAAUUCAGUCUUUUGUCUUCUUUUAUCCCGAAUUGUUUAGCAAUUUUUAAUAUUUCUAAGUAUGUUAUAUUUAUUUUUUAUAUCUUUGUCACUUAUGGAACUAGUUUAGUGUUGUGCACUAAUGCACUAUGAAAAAUAAUUGACAUUCUAUGCUUUGUUGAAAUUACAAUGUUGACAAAAUCAAUGUUGUCAUAUUACAAUAACCAAAAACUGUUUAUACAAUCAGUGUGACAAUAGUAGUAGACUUCGCAAAAGGAGCUGAAAAUUAGAUAUAUAUGUCUUCCAUUAUUACCAUGGAGCCACUGGGUCAUAAGUUCUAAAAACACAAUAUUGAGACCACAAUAGUUAGAGAUUCGGUUUUGUCUAAAUGUAUGACGCGUUUAUUUUAAUACAUUUAAGCGUACGAGCAUUACAGAACAAAGCAAAAAGUUGCUCGAGUAAAUUUGUAAUUUUAAAAUAUUCUCCUUAAAACUUAAAGGGAAAAAAAAUGAAUUAAUGUGCUUUCACUCAUACUUUAAGCUUAGGAUAUAAAGAGAGAGUGUCCUCAAACUUUAUACAUUUGGAUAUGUUACUUAUUGAACUUUGACAUGGUUGAAAGAAAAGUUUUUCAACAAGGACCUAAUUCGCAUGCGCAUAAUAUGGAUUAAUUUAAAUUUAGCUUACGGAUUCACUUUUUUAGAUAUAGAAUUUUUAAAGUUCUCCAGCGUUUGACAAAUAGUUUGGGGUAGUUUGACACAUCAUGUUUAAUUUAUUCACUCCAGUGACAAAGUAAAAUAAUUCAAAAUCUGACACGCUUAGCUAAGUCUUCAUUGCAAAAUCUAGACUCAUUUUAAAUAAAUAUUUUCGAAAUUGUUUUUGUAUUCAAAAAUAUCCAAAAAAAAAUGUAUAUGCUUUGGAUGGAAAUUAGUCAGUUUAAAUAAAAUAACUAGUUUCCUUAAAUAUAUGUAUAUAUGUUACAUUAAAAAGGAAAUUGAUUAUAGUAAAUGAAGAUAAUUUAACUUUAAAAAGUUUGUUGAUAAAUAUUUUCACCACAUACUAAAUUGUUUCCGUGUUACUUCUUAGAAAAAAACAAUGCUGACGAGGCAUUACAACCACUAAACUCCGGAGAACCAGUAUUAAGUAAGUAA